AUGCGAGUCUCCCUCGACGAGCGUUAUUUUAUUUAUAUUCAAUGUAUAACAUUAAUCAUUCGUGUUAUUUAUACAUGUUAUCGUAUUCAACAAAGAAUUCAAUGGAGAAAUUAUAAAAAAAUGGCAAGUCAAUUAAUACCAAUAUCAAUAAUUUAUAUUAUAUUAGAUUUACCAGUUAUAAUAAUGUAUACUUUAUAUGUUAGUGGUUUAGUACCAAGCACUAUACGAUCAAGUUAUUAUAACGAUAGUUUAUUUUUUCUUUAUUGGAUUAUUUUAUUUACACCAUUUGCAACUGUUUUCUCAUUACCUGAUUUUUAA